AUGGCACUCUGGAUAGAGGCGUUUGCCCAACUGCUGUUUCUCGUGUUGGCAUGGGACCAGAGCGCACAAGGAGCGGCGCCACAAGAUGUAAAACCUGAGGUGAGUGGUCAAAGUCAAAGAACAAAUAUCAUAACGGGAGAUGUUGGCUUAUUGAAAAUGUAUGCAUGCAUGACUGUCGCUUUGGACAGAAGCUUCUGCUAAAUGGCAUAUCUUAUUAUUAUUAUUAAAAUGUAUGCAAAAAAUAUGCAUUAUCAUUAUUUAUUUUUUUUGCAUUAUAAUGAUUUAAACUGUUAUAAAGCAAUAGGCCCUCCUGUUAAAAAAGUUGAAAUAAUUUCCCAAGUCUGGGAUGUCAGACUGUCAGUAAAACUAGGCUUGUGACUAGAUGGAGUACAGCUACGACCGGAAGUGACUUUUCGUAGUAGGUUAGGAGAGUAUUUUAGCUAACUUUAACCCUUUUCCUAACCUUAACCUAAUUCUCCUAACCGGCUACUUUAAUUAUCGUAACCUGCUACCUAAGUUCUCCUCACCUGUUACGAAAAAGUCACUUCCGAUCGUAGUUGUAUUCCAUAUAUAUUCAGAACCUAGCGGGACAGCUUACUUCCAAUGUCAUUACGCUCUACAUUGAAUUUCAACCUUAAAAAUGUACAGAUAAAUAUCAUUUAGAAUAUUAAAAUGGUUCUCUUUAGUCUUGGGUGGUAUAGGUAAAGACAAAUAUUUUGUUCUUAUUUUCUUGGGUUCAGAUACAUCAAACAUUUGACAAAUAUAAUUACAUUUGAACUGUUCUGGGAUGAAUUAUUUGGGAAUUACUUGUCUGACAUGUUUAUUGUUACACCUCUUAUCCCACAAACACCAGCCACCUAUGUAUAAAGAUGGUAGGCAAGGAGAUACAUCUGAAUAUAAUAACAUCCCUUUCACGAUUGUACAAUGUCAAAACCUUAAUAAAAAUAAUAAUAUAUAUUUUAAAAGAUGGCUUACUUCCGCAAUCUUUCAGUGCGGUCGAGGAUAUCCAAGACUACAGUAAGACUGGGGCGAUGUGGAAUGGAUCAGACCUCAGCUAAAGGAAGCAGACCACAAUGAUGAUGGCUUACAUGACAACACUUAGAAAUGCUGAGACGCCAAAAUAAUAUAAGAUGAGAAAAAAAUAAGAGAAGAAGAAGGCAAAUGGGGAGAAAUUUUAUGGCCUCUGUAUUGUGGUCAGGUACAGAGGCACUUUCUGAAAGGAGAGGGGAUUUAGAGUUGCGGUAUAGUUGUGGUAUAGAAUCCAAGUUCAAAGAGAUGCAGAGAUAUAAUUGUUGACAUCUGUCCUGAGUUAGGGUUGAACUGGGGGAUGGGAGUUUUACAGAGAGAAGGGCUGCCUCUGAGGAUAUGAUAGUCUGGUGGUCAGCAGUGGAGGAGGACUCGCCUGUUUCGACUACAGGAAGUCACCAUGAUGUUAAACCCCUACGCACCCCACCCUCUACUGACAGACAUCUGCCAUUUAAGACAAUGCAGUCAGCUAGAUCAUGUCCCAAGAAGUUCUUACUUCAUCACUGCCCUUUUGAUGUUUUCAAUCUGACUGCUGGCGUCUGAACUGUAAUGUUAGCGUACUGUAGGCACCUGGAUUGUAUUUCCAGCUGUGCAAAUGGAAAGAAUAAUUUAACUACAUUGACCUAGAUUAGACUGUCAAUUUAGCAGAAAGCAGGCUACUAGGUCUCUCAGAGGGAACUGAAGCACUGAUAACAUUAGAGUUAGUCAUUUAGACAGACCACCUUUUGCUGCUUCUCCUUUACAUUGCUUUGGGGUGACUCACCAACAAAACACAUAUAACACUAAUGGUAAAAUGAGUCCCUCGAACAGACUCUUACAGGAGUAAUGCUUGGCCAUCAUUUUGCACCAGAACACUCACUAGCUUACACAUUAGGUAUUGAGAGAGUGAUAAUACCCUAAAUUAACAGUACAUCGAGAUCAGCAGUUCUGUAUAAUAGUCAGUUAGACUGGGCUCAAAGCAGCUGUGUAAAGACCAUAGUACCAGUCAUGAAGGUAGGCAGGUGUGUCAUAUAUUGUGGGCACAGGGAGAGAGAGGAAGUGGGCAGGGGAUUUCCUCUUUGCUUUAAAACACAUUCUAUUAGUCUCACUGCAGUGUGACCAUGACAACACACACAGUGACUGACACAGAGAUGGGGGAGGAAGGGGGGAGUGUUAGUCAGUACAAAGAGGGAACCAGUCUCAAGGAAAUGGGAAUGAGUGGGAGAUGACGUAAUGCGACAGGAAGGAGAGAGAGAAAACGGUACUACCCACAUGAAGAGGAACCGAAAAUAAGUCAUUGUGAUGAUGCAAUUUGGGAACAAGAGGGUUUAGGUUUAUGAAUGAUGCAAUUAGGCUAUACACAGUGUGACAGGAUGUUACUCAUAGGCCACAAACAUGUAGUAGGCUACACAUCCGCAAGCAGCACUGCUGGGUUCUAACAUGGCAACGAGGCUACAUUCCAAUUUCCUGACCACACAACCUGACCAGGAAAUACUCAUUGUCUUAGUUAUAACUUUAUCAUACUCACAUCAUGUCAUCUGGUCAGAAAAGAUAACUCUGGCCCCAAUUGUAGGUAAUGUUAACAUAGUGAAGUAUAUUAGACUGACCAUCUUCUUGUUUUUGCGCUGUUAUUAAGAUAUGCAGACAAAUUGGCUAAUGCUCAGUGGGAUGUUUAAUUUUUUUUACUUUUUAUAUAUACAGUAUAUAAUAAGAAUAUAUACCAUUUAGCAAACACUUUUAUCCUAAGCAACUCACAGUUAGUCAAGCAUACAUUUUAGUGGUCGUGGGAAUUGAACCCACUACCCUGGCGUUACAAGUGCCGUGCUGUACCAACUGAGCUGCUUCUUUUGCUCAGUCUUGUUGAUGUUGGCUAGAGGACUGUUUGCAUAGACAAAAGCUGUAAUCCCAUACACACUAUGUGCAUGUAGAGGAGAGUCAGAGGUCAGGGAGGCUUAUCAGUAACAUAGAAGAUUUAUGACGAUAAUGUUGCAACACCACCCAGACACAUGUCUAUUGACUCUUAUGAUAUACACUACAUUACCAAAAGUAUGAACAUCUCAUUACAAAAUCAUGGGCAUUCAUAUGGAGUUGGUCCCCCUUUUGCUGCUAUAACAGCCUCCACUCUUCUGGGAGGGCUUUCCAUUAGAGGUUGGAACAUUGCUGUGGGGAAUUUCUUCCAUUCAGCCACAAGCGCAUUAGUGAGGUCGGGCACUGAUGUUGGGCGAUUAGGCCUGGCUCACAGUCAGCGUUCCAAUUCAUCCCAAAGGUGAUUGAUGGGGUUGAGGUCAGGGCUCUGUGCAGGGCAGUCAAGUUCUUCCACACCGAUCUCGACAAAACAUUUCUGUAUGAACCUCGCUUUGUGGACGGGGGCAUUGUCAUGCCGAAACAGGAAAGGGCCUUCCCCAAACUGUUGCCACAAAGUUGGAAGCACAGAAUCGUCUAGAAUAUCAUUGUAUGCUCUAGCAUUAAGAUUUGCCAUCACUGGAAAUAAGGGGCCUAGCCCGAACCAUGAAAAACAGCCCCAGACCAUUAUUCCUCCUCCACCAAACAUUACAGUUGGGGCAGGUAGCGUUCUCCUAGCAUCCGCCAAACCCAGAUUCGUCUGUCGGAUUGCCAGACGGUGAAGCAUCAUUCAUCACUCCAGGGAACGCGUUUCCACUGCUCCAGAGUCCAAUGGCGGCGAGCUUUACACCACUCCAGCCGACGCAUGUCAUUGCGCACUUCAGCACUUGGCUACGCACUUCAGCACUUGGCGGUCUCAUUCUGUGAGUUUGUGUGGCCUACCACUUCGCAGCUGAGCCGUUGUUGCUCCUAGAUGUUUCCACUUCACAAUAACAGCACUUACAGUUGACCGUGGCAGCUCUAGCAAGGCAGAAAUUUGACGAACUGAUUUGUUGGAAAGGUGGCAUCCUAUGACGGUGCCAUGUUGAAAUUCACUGAGCUCUUCAGCAAUACCAUUCUACUGCCAAUGUUUGUCUAUGGAGAUUGCAUGGCGGCGAGCUCGAUUUUAUACACCUGUCAGCAAUGGGUGUGGCUGAAAUAGCCAAAUCCACCAAUUUGAAGGGGUGUCCACAUAUUUUUGGCCAUGUAGUGUAUAUGUGUGUUGUGAUUUGUAAUACUGUGUGCUGUGGCUCCUAAGCCAAGUGCCUUGUAUGGGCCAGAUCAUUGUGUUAGUAUAUUGUGUAUCUAGCUAUGAGCUAUGAGCUUUGAGGCUUCUUUGUCAUGCUCUGUUGUUGUGUUUGUUGGUAGUCAUUGUGACAUACUAAGUGGAUCAGUAAUCUGGAGAACCGAGCCAAAUUUCCUGUAAGGCUCUUUUGGACUCCAUCACUGUUGACCAAAGUUUUAUUUUCAUUUGCCCAGAGCAAAGGAACAACUGACUCAGUUUAUUUUCUUCUUAGAAAUUUAAUUCAGUCAUCUUUCUCGCUUUCUCAUCUAUGCAGGGGCGCGAGUACACACACACACACACACACACACACACACACACACACACACACACACACACACAUCCUUUGAACUCUCAUUUGCAAUGUAUUUUUAAGGUCAGCGAAGUCAUAUCCUUACCUCUAAAAACCAUAGGCCAAUUAAUUUGUUACUUUGUUAAUGUAAAACGUCUAUAUACUAGGUCUGAUUCACUCAACUAAAGCAAAUAAAGUGACUACUAUAACUGCCCACUGCCCACUCACUCUCUAGGCUUCAGUGAUCAAAACGACUACAGUUAAAAGUAGCAUACCCUUAUUGGAUAACACUUAAAGACUGUUCUUUGUGGACCCACCAAUGGGACCAUGGAUGGGAGGAGUGGGACUCACUGGGCUUAUGGUUGAAACAAGUGUUCAGUGUUACUGAAUGGCUCUCUCGCUCAUACAUCCAUUUUAAAUGCAGUCUAACAACAACAUACACUAUGAAAUACCUAGAUAGAAGACUAGAAUGAAAGGUAUAGUGGCCUCAGAAAGAGCAGCUGUGGCCUUAUACCAAACAUAGAAUUGAAUGUUGUCCUGAAACAAACUAUUCCUCUAAGACAUGUCCUCCCACCUCCAUUAUAUUUAUAUUAUCAUAAUCCAUUAUUAACAUGUUUCACCAUCCCUCUCUCUUUCAUGAUGAAAUACCUAUUUCAUAGAUUAAGUCUAAACACAGAGAGCAGGGUCUCCCCGAGAGAGAUUAGUACCCUCCAUUCAAAGCACGCACGCAUCUUAAAAUAAACCCCCAUUCCCCAUCACUACAUUUACUUUGUUACAACUAAGACUCCACAGUAGACUAACAGAUGUAGUCACUAUCUCAGUCACUUUUUUCAAAACACACCCACACACACACACACACCACACAGUAUAAUGCAGUGGCGGUCGGUGCCAUUUAAGAUGAGGGAGGAUUAUACAUAUUUUUAUGAGCAUGGCCUUAUUUCUAUUACAGCAUUUUGGAUUACUGUCAUUCAUAUUCUAUUAAUCUAUUUCUCUGUACCCAUCAUGAGGUUGCUACAACCUAGCCUAUGAAUGAAAGUACAGGUUGAGAGAAUUUUGAGUAAUCAAGAUGACAGACAGUGACACAUUCAAUACCGCCUUGCACACUCUUGCCUGCAUCUAGCUGAUCUUGUGUGUAAUCAUUAGUCCAACAGUUGCAAAUGAGAAAUUCAGGUAUGUUUAUCCCUGUUUUGUUCUGUUUGCUUCUGUUUAAGAAACAUUUUUCAACAGAAUCGGCAGAAUGAAUACACCCCUGAUCACAUGCAAACAGUUCACUUUUAUAGCAGCCACUUAAAAACAGCAUGAUCACUUUGCUCGUUGUAUAUACAAUUCCUUCUCACAACUAUCUAUGCGCUCUCCUCCUCUUACCUUUUCCCUUUGCUUGUGGACUUCAGUGCACAACACAUCAGCUGUCUGUGACCAGACAAGAAAACCUUUCCAAGCCAAACCUUCAUAUCAUGACCGUUGACCGCUACACACAGCCUACAUCUUUGUCACGUCAUAGUCAACUAGAACUACUAGAACUAACGCAUUAGUAAACCCGAUACAAUCAUCAGUCAGAAAGCAGUUUAGCAGUUACACCAGUGGGCCCCUGUGGCAAUAAAUUAAUAAACCAAAAGCUUACCUUGACUUGGAAGAGUUCCAGGGUUGGAUAGUUAUAGCCAGUUAGCUAACAUAGCAUCCCUCUCUGUUUGAGCCAGGUGUUUGAGUAGGCUAAACUAGCUAGCUGCAUAAGCAGUUUAGCAGUUACACCAGCAGGCCCCGGUGGCAAUAAAUUAAUAAAACCAAAAGCUGUGACUGACACAACAGUAGUAGGCUUGAUUACCAACAAUGACAAGACAGCCUACAGGGAGGAGGUGAGGGCUCUGGGAGUGUGGUGCCAGGAAAAUAACCUCUCACUCAACGUCAACAAAACAAAGGAGAUGAUCGUGUACUUCAGGAAACAGCAGAGGGUGCACCCCCCAUCCACAUCGACGGGACCGCAGUGGAGAAGGUGGAAAGCUUCAAGUUCCUUGGCGUACACAUCACUGACAAACUGAAAUGGUCCACCCACACAGACAGUGUGGUGAAGAAGGCGCAACAGAGCCUCUUCAACCUCAGGAGGCUGAAGAAAUUUGGCUUGGCACCUAAAACCCUCACAAACUUUUACAGAUGCACAAUUGAGAGCAUCCUGUUGGGCUGUAUCACCGCCUGGUACAGCAACUGCACCGCCCGCAACCGCAGGGCUCUCCAGAGGGUGGUGCGGUCUGUCCAACGCAUUACCGGGGGCAAACUACCCGUCCUCCAGGACACCUACAGCACCCAAUGUCACAGGAAGGCCAAAAAGAUCAUCAAGGACAUCAACCACCCGAGCCACUGCCUGUUCACCCCACUAUCAUCCAGAAGGCGAGGUCAGUACUGGUGCAUCAAAACUGGGACCAAGAGUUGGAAAAACAGCUUCUAUCUCAAGGCCAUCAGACUGUUAAAUAGCCAUCACUAGCACAUUAGAGGCUGCUGCCUAUAGACACUUUAAGAAAUGGAACACUAGUCACUUUAAUUAUGUUUACAUAUCUUGCAUUACUCAUCUCAUAUGUAUAUACUGUAUUCUAUACUAUUCUACUGUAUCUUAGUCCAUGCCGCUCUGUCAUUGCUCGUCCAUAUAUGUAUAUAUUCUUAAUCCAUUCCUUACUUAGAUUUGUGUGUAUUGGGUAUAUGUUGUGAAAUUGUUAGAUAUUACUUGGUAGAUAUUACUGCAAUGGGCCUCCCGAGUGGCACAAUGGUCUAAGGCACUGCAUCGCAGUGCUAGCUGUGCCACUAGAGAUCCUGGUUCGAGUCCAGGCUCUGCCGCGACCGGGAGACCCAUGGGGCGGCGCACAAUUGGCCCAACGUCGUCCAGGUUAGGGGAGGGUUUUGCCGGCAGGGAUGUUCUUGUCCCUAACGACUCCUGUGGUGGGCCGGGCGCAGUGCACGCUGACACGGUCGCCAGGUGUACAGUGUUUCUUCCGACACAUUGGUGCGGCUGGCUUCCGGGUUAAGCAAGCAUUGUGUCAAGAAGCAGUGUGGCUCGGUUGGGUUGUGUUUCGGAGGACACACGGCUCUCGACCUUCGCAUCUCCCGAGUCCGUACGGGAGUUGCAGCGAUGGGACAAGACUGUAACUACCAAUUGGAUACCACAAUAAAGGGGGUAAAAAAAAUAUAUAUAUAAAAAAACGCAAGCAUUUCGCUACACCCACAAUAACAUCUGCUAAACACGUGUAUGUGACAAAUACAAUUUGAUUUGAGCUUACCUUGAUUUGGAAGAGUUCCAGUGUUGGAUAGUCAUUGCCAGCUAGCUAACAUAGCAUCCCUAUCUGUUUGAGUAGGCUAAACUAGCUAGCUCCAUUUGCUAGCUAGCUAAGUGAAAGUCAAAAAAAAAUAUACCAAAUAUAGCUCUCUCUCGUGAAAAAAAAUACUAUGAAAUAUAGCUAGCUCUCUCGCUUGCUUCUCCUUCAUUUGUAAAUAAAUAAAUGGGUUCAAAACUGUUCAACUAUUGUCUUUCUCGCUCUUUGAGUCAGCUACUCACCACAUUUUAUGCACUGCAGUGCUAGCUAGCUGUAACUUAUACUUCCAGUACUAGAUUCAUUCUCUUAUCCUUUGAUUGAGUGGACAACAUGUCAGUUCAUGCUGCAAGAGCUCUGAUAGGUUGAAGGAUGUUCUCCGAAAGUUGUCAUAAUUACUGUGUAAGUCUAUGGAAGCGGGUGAGAACCAUGAGCCUCCUAGGUUUUGUAUUGAAGUCAAUGUACCCAGAGGAGGACAGAAGUUAGCUGUCCUCCGGCUACACCAUGGUGCUACCCUAUAGAGUGCUGCUGAGGCAACUGUAGACCUUCAUUGCAAAACAGUGUGUUUUAAUCAAUUAUUUGGUGACGUGAAUAUAUUUAGUAUAGUUUUAUCUAAAAAGGAUAACUUUUUUAAUGUUUCACUAUUUUUAUGAAAUUCACUGAGGAGGAUGGUCCUCCCCUUCCUCCUCUGAGGUAUAAUGAAACUGCUGACAAUUCACCGUUGAUACAGAGAAAAUGCUGAAAUGGCAUCAUUACUAGUUAAUUAAAAGUGUUGUUGUGUUCUUUAUGUUCCUGGAACAUGUACAGCAACCUACCAGGCAGUUACAUACACUACAGUAACAAUGUACUGUGUGUGCACUGGGUGUGGUUGUUCACAAUUAUUUACCCUUCAGGCCUCUGGGUUUUCCAUAUGAGAAAAGAGAGGGAGGAGGAGUGGGGAGAGAAGAGGACAGAGAGACGGGUAGGGGGGAGAGGUUUUGACUUUGAGGUUUGGAUGGGAUCAUAGAGAAAUUCCAAGUAAAAUGACUGACUGACUGUUUCACUGGAGACUGACAUUAAUGCAACAAAAGAGGUUAGCCUACUUUUGUGAAGAACUAAAUAGUUGAAGGUCAAACAUACAGUCAAACAAAUCGUAUUUAAAGUUGUGAAAAACACUUCCUGGCUGUGUGCUAGCUUAUUGACAAUGUUCAAGUCAGGAUGCGUUCAGUAGAGAAUAUCAGAGAGGUAUCAGCUUUCACUUCCUCCAACUCCUGUUUGGGGGGGAGAUAAAGGGUAGAGCUGAAACUGUGUGGGAGAAGUUUGGAACCCAGCCACUGGUUCUGCUCCAGAUAGAGGGAGGGAGGCACCAGAGUUUGAUGAGCUUCCAGGGGAAAGUAAGGUCAGAUAUAUAAUCAUUCGGCACCUUCUCUAGUGCAGCCAGACACUGUAAUCUCACAAGGAGAAGCCUGAAAAGCGAGGCCACCCUAGACCUCUAGGGAUGUAGGACAUCCUUAAUGCAGAGGCCAGACUGGAAUAAAAAUCUCUGCUCAAACAAUUAUGACAAAGAUUUGGAGCAUGGUCUUGAUCAAAAACGAUACUGCUGUAGUCCAAUAGAGACCAUGAUUGCACAAACACAAUGAAAUAGCCACCAGAGUACUAUAGUUAGUAACGUACAAUGUGGACAUAUAGGUUCAUCUUUUACCUACAGAGUGUUUUCAGUUUCACUGAUCAGUUUUUGUCUACCAGGAUUUGGGAUUUUCCCUACAAGGGCAUGAGUGAAAUCUGAGCUGUCUUUGUAGGUGCCAUUUUGUCCUGGUUUGGUUUCAGUACAUCAGCUUUGGUGAAACUGAUGAGUUUCAUUGGGCUGGCUGGACACAGUCACUGAAGAGUAGUGUUUAUGUUUAAAUGCUUUUAUACUUACUCAUUGGAAUGACCAGCACCCUUUUGUGGACAUUGUGCUUCUCCUGCAUGCCAAAACAUAUGAAAACCUAAAUGAGAGCUUAUUUGUUCUUUAUGUCAUUGUAAAAUGUAUAUCAACACCAGAGCGCACUCUGCCUUAUUUGCAGACAUUCAAUAUAUGUUGAAGCAGCAUCCAUAUACUAUACAUACAGUAUUCUGAUUUAUUUAUAGUAUUUUAAUUCUUCACCCAUUUGAGACAUGUUGUAACAGUACAACUUCUCCUUCCAUGUUUCAGGUGUGGUUGCAGCAAUAUGGCUACCUGCCGCCAGUUGACCUGCGGACACAUGCUGCCCGCUCCCCUCACUCCAUCACCACGGCCAUCGCAGCCAUGCAGAGAUUCUAUGGCCUGACCAUCACCGGCUCUAUCGACACUAACACUGUAGAGUGAGUCCCUUUCAUGCUAAACAACUGUUGCAGGUUCAGUACCAUAUUACCCUAUUUGUAUGAGUUUUUUCUGGUCAGGUCAUGUGGCAAGGAAAACGCAUGGUCUUACCUGUGUGAAAUCACUGAUUCAAAGUUAAAGUAAUCAAAGACCUGUUUCCAAGAUAGAGAUUAUACUGGGCAUUGUGUGACCGGUCCCUGAAUUGUUUUUGCCAGGGCGAUGAAGCGGCCUCGCUGUGGAGUUCCAGACAAGUUUGGCACUGUGCUGAAGAGCAACCUGAGAAAGAAGCGCUAUGCUAUCCAGGGCCUGAAAUGGGACAAGACCGAUCUCACCUACUGGUAGGUUAGCCCUCCAACUCUAAGUGCAUGUGUAGGGUAAAAAUUAAAAUAACACCCACAACCCAUAUGGUGAAGUCAUGUCAAGUCAUACUGUAAAUUGUCCUCACCUCAACCAGAUUUUCAGAAAUUCCCCAGUGACUUAAUAUGCCAGUAAAGUGUAUCACCGUUUUCACUCUUAUUCCCCCUCUGUCUCCUCCUUCCUCCCUCCACAAACUGUUCUCGUCUCUCUCUAACGGUGCCUUCUCUCUCCCUCUCUCAGUAUACAGAACUACACCCCUAAGGUGGGGGAGUAUGAGACCUAUGAGGCUAUCAGGAAGGCCUUCAAGGUGUGGGAGAGUGUGACCCCUCUACGCUUCAGGGAGAUCCCCUACAGUCACAUACGGGACAAGGUGGUGGACAUGGCAGACAUCAUGCUCUUCUUUGGUGAGGGUUUCCAUGGCGACGCCAGUCCCUUCGAUGGCGAGGGGGGCUUCUUGGCACACGCCUACUUCCCCGGGAACGGCAUAGGGGGAGACACUCACUUUGACUCUGCAGAGCCCUGGACGGUCGGCAACAGUGAUCUGUCAGGUGAGUGACCUUGAGUGUUUGGAAGAGGAAUGUUAUGACGGGAAAUUCACAGCGUGAUUCCCGAUGUCAGGAAAACAGGUUUAACCUGUUGGGAGUUACCAUGCUCCCUGGGCAGUUGUGAGCAGCAGGCCACAAAAACCCAAUCAGCAGGCCCCAACGUGUUUGUGUUUUGAACUUAUCUCCAGGGAGUGUUUGUGUGGAGAAAAUGAAUGAUCUACAGAUUUUUUUUGUUUUUUGUUUUGAUGGUGAGAGGCCUGCUAUGUAAAACCAUAGGAAUAGGGUGUCAAUACUUUAGAUGUUUCCAGUCAGUUAAAUUUGAAUAGUGCUUUUGCUCUACAUGCACACUUAAGCCAUUGUUAUACAAGAUUGAAUUUCAUGGGACAAUUUAAUGUGAUGGUGAUGACAUGGUACCUUCUUUCUCAGAUACUAUGUUAUGAUAAUGACAUGGUUCAGUUGGUGUUAGGCAAUGACGUGUUCCUGGUGUCGGUACAUGAGUUGGGUCAUGCUCUUGGUCUGGAGCACUCCAACGACCCCUCUGCCAUCAUGGCUCCAUUCUACCAGUGGAUGGACACCGAGAACUUCCAGCUGCCUGAAGAUGACCUCAGGGGGAUACAACAAAUCUAUGGUGAGAAAAGGCUAAGAGAAAAUGCAUUAUCAUUACUGUUAGUUGUUCUACUGUAUCUAGGCUAUAACUAGGACCCAGAGUUAAUUUUUGUCAGAUCACCAAAAAAAAGGGCCUAUGUAAUGAUAGAAGUAGAGGAUUACAUUGACCAUUUAUUUCUCUCUCCCGGUACCCUGCAGGGGGUAGAUCAGGUGGUGGCCCCCGCCUUCCUCCACCUACCCCACGCUCCCCUCACCACCCACCCAAACCCACUCACACCCCAUACAACCCUCGCUUUGGUCCUGACAUCUGUGAGGGACACUUUGACACCAUCGCCAUCCUCCGAGGAGAAAUGUUUGUGUUCAAGGUACUUAAUUACAGAUUUGUACAGCUGAAAUCAGCUUUGUCAUUGUGUGUAUAUACAUGUAUAUUUAGUUUGUAGAGGUAUUAACCCUGUCUUUCUCUCUCUCCUUCAGGAUAAGUGGUUCUGGAGAGUCCGUAAUAACGCGGUUCUGGAUGGAUACCCAAUGCCAAUAGGUCAUUUCUGGAGGGGCCUGCCAUCAAACAUCAAUGCUGCUUAUGAAAGGGAUGAUGGCAACUUCAUAUUUUUCAAAGGUAAGUUUGACUUUACUCUGAUAACAUUGCAUCCUCUGUUAAGGCUCCCUCACAAUAUUUACGUAUCCUACUAUUCCCAUUAAAUUAGAUAUCAAUACUGAGGAAAACCACUCAUUCAGAUUCUCUCUGUCUGUGUAGGAGACAGGCACUGGGUUUUCAAGGAGUCUCUUCUGGAGGAUGGCUAUCCCAAGCCUCUGAAGGAGAUGGGCAGUGGUCUACCCAAAGACAAAAUAGACACCGCUCUCUUCUACACCCCAACCGGCAAGACAUACUUCUUCAGAGGACACAAGUCAGUCUUUUUGCAUCUGCGUGUCUCUGUGUCUUUGUUAACAACAACAUUACAUGACAGUGGAGUGGAGCGUACACUAGACUAAAGAACGUUGAAAACAUAAAAUGUAUCUGUCAUGAAUUGCUCUAUUUGGCCAAAAGAUUAUUGCAAAUUUCCCAAAUAAGUGCCGCCACUUUUGCUGGUAAGAGGGCUUAUAGGCCUCUGACAUUUGAGAAGGAGAACUGAAACAUGUCUGUCUCUCCCCAUGUUAGGUACUAUCGAUACAAUGAGGACUCACGCUCUGUGGACCCUGAAUACCCCAAACCCAUCAGUGUGUGGCAGGGCGUCCCAGACAAUAUUAAAGCUGGCAUCAUGAGCAUAGACCAAGGUAACCAUCCUGUGUAUUUUUGUGUGCGUGCACUGGGUCUUUUUUCUGUUUUAAUCUAGAGAAAACAUUUCUUGGAUUUCUUUUUUUCAUCUUUAUCUCCACACUGUAUUUGUCUCUCAGGACACACCUACUUCUACAAAGCCAAUAAGUAUUGGAAGUUCAACAACCAGAAGUUGCGUGUUGAGCCUGGAUACCCCAAGUCUGCUCUUAAGGACUGGAUGGGCUGUCCAGAGGAGGACCCCAAGACCGACGGAGGGAGAGGGGGUGGAGGACACGACCGGGAAGACAGAGAGGAGGAUAGAGAUGAGACGGAGGUGAUCAUCAUCGAGGAGGAGGGAGGAUCUGGCGUAGGGGCGGGCGUGGCGGCGGUGGUGGUGCCCCUCAUGCUGCUGGCGUGUGUGAUCCUCACUCUGGGGGCACUGCUGUUCUUCCGCAGGUACGGCACCCCACGCCGUCUCCUCUACUGCCAACGCUCACUACUGGACAAGGUGUAG